GUGUUCAGUUAGCGCCAUAUUUGACAAGCUCGGUUACAGUUUUUUUCAGAACUUUUAUAACAGAUUUUAGAUAGCUUAGUGGUGUUGUAUUACAAGACAAGAUCUCCAAUAAAAGAGUUACAAGCAGCUAAAACCGGAGCAUCUCUACCAGGACUUGGUGGUGAAGAGAAGGACUUACACAAGUAUUUCAGCAUCUGGCACAAUCAUUCUAUCAUCUAUCAUCUGAUAUUUUUAGAAGAUGUCUAACCUAACAUUCAAGAUAGGGCCAGCUGCCAAACAUUCACUGAGAAAAACAAGUCCUUACGCCAUAUUGUUAUUGGAAAUUUCAUCUGGUCUGACAUCUGAGGACUUGGCCAGCCUUAAACUUGCUAUACAAGCUGAUAAACUUGCCCCUAGACGUGAAGUUUGUCACCUUAAACAUGGGGCUGAUGUAAUAGCAUUGUUUGACAAGAGAUCACUGAUUUCAAGAACGUGCACAGAUUUUCUAGAAAAUCUUUUGAUAAAAAUCGGACGAAAAGAUCUUCAGAAGAAGAUAAUAAAAUAUCAUGAACACAGGAUAAAAGAUGUUUCUGAUGAUAAAGAAAAUAUCAAUAAGAAGAUAGGCACACAGUUUACUCAGUUGAAAUCAACCAGUGACCAACUUCGAGAGGAAAUGAAAUACUUGUCAAUUGAGACGUCUGUGAAAGAAGUCUUUGAUCCAUCAGCAAGGUCAGGACCAGAGGGAUCAUCACAUUGUUCAACGGUGUGUGAAACCAGUGAUGCUCAGGCAAUCCCGGAGGCCAUAGAGUCGAGACAGGGGUUUAACUCCUCACCAAUGUCUGUAGACAGUAGCCAGGGCAACUGCACAGAUGAAGAAAAGAUUGGUCACCUUGGUGAUAAAGUAUGGCUGUUUGAGAACGAUGCUAUAAUGUCCUCACAAUAAGUGUCUACCAGGCAUUUUUGCCUGUUGUUCCGGGUCAUUUUUCAGUUAUUUGUUAAAGACGUUUUCUGAAGUUUUCAUAUAUACAUAUAGGCAAAAUCAAAACUGUUCUAUAGAGUUUCUUUAAACUUGGCAUUUUGUUAGAAUAUGAUAACAGAAACAUUUUAAGUGGGAAAAAAAAUUGGGGGCACCGUUCUUGUUUUUGAGUUAUCUGCCCCUGAAUCAGAAUUUUCUACUUAUUUGAGGUCAUUUAAAGGGCAGAUAACUUAUACAUACGUAAAUGAAUUCUUGUUUUUAUACCCCCCACAAAAUGUGGGGAUGGGGGGGGGGCUGUAAUGGAUUCGCUUUAUCGCGUUGGUCGGUCGGUCCGUCUCCAUUAUCUUGUCAGCUCUAAAAAUCCUAUAUACCAAUUGAAUGAUUUUUUUUUUCAAACUUGGCUCAAAUGUUCACCUCAACAAGGGGAUGUGCAGAACCCAUGUUGCCCAUGUGUCAGAUCAAGGUCAAGGUCACAAUUGAAGGUCAAAUAUCAAACAAUCAAAUAUUAGACAGUAUGUCGUGUCAGCUCUGUAAGUCCUACACUAAUUGAAAAUUUUUCUUCAAACUUGUCUCAAAUGUUCACCUCAACAAGGGGAUGUGCAGAAUCCAUGUUGCCCAUGUGUCUGCUCAAGGUCAAGGUCACAAUUGAAGGUCAAAUAUCAAACAAUCAAAUAUUACACAGUAUGUCAUGUCUGCUCUGUAAGUCCUACACUAAUUAAGGUCAAGGUCACACUUGAAUGUAAAAAAUUGACUUAGAAAAUAUUCUUAAAUUUUAACAUGUAUUUUAAUGUUUCUGAAACUAGCACAGGUAUUUGCUUGAAACUUAAAAGAUAUAUGAGGUGUCACAAGUAAGAUAUGCAGGUAAAGUUUCAUGACAAAGUUUUGC